CGUCGCGGCGCAGUGCAGCUUGGAACGGGGUUCCCGUAACUACAGUAUAAGACGGAGGAAAAGCUCAAUCUUCUGGACUCACAAUAUGGCUUGUGAGACUGCUACCAAGUUAUACUAUCUGCUCAUCUGGUCCAUUAUCUUUGGUUCACAUAAGGGUUGUCCAGUCAUCGCGCUUCACUUUGGCGCGCUUGACGAUUGCAGCAGCCAAAUGAGAGAGAUUCACAAGGCUCGCCCCAUGGAAGUUCAUCAAUUUGGGAGUCGGCGGUCGACGUUGGCCUCGGCAACUUCCCAACAAGGGCCCGGUGCCAAAUGCAUUUUGCAGGCUGCCCCGCAAUCCUCAACCCUUGGCAUUUGCACGGACCACCCCUUUUUGAUCCGUCCGAAACGCGCGCCAAGAGCUCCGCGAAACUCUGAACAAUGUCAUGGCGAGUCAUGUCAGCUGGAUUGUUGUCCAGUCGCAGCGAGCCCCAGAUAUGGAAAACCGCCACCGGGAACAGUGAUGGAGGCAUCGCCAAGCUACCGGAUUGACAGUUGCCGGCAUCAAGCCCAACGUUACGAUGCUUUACCGCGUCACUGUUAUGGCAGGAGCAUGGUCAUUGGCCCGGCUGAUUGUUUCGUCUCCGUCCACAUCUCUGCAUGACAGCGUUCCUGGCAGUCUCUGUUUCAGAAGGGCCUCACAGUCUGCACAGACAAACUGACUACAAUAUCCAAUAUGUGUUAAUGGCUGCUCGGAUCGACCUGCCGACUCUAUUGUCCCCCUUAUU